AUGUCAUCCGGAGUUGCUGGUUGUACUCAAGUUGCUUCAAAGAGUGUAGAGGGUCGCAUGGAGGCUCAAGUACAGCUCAUGAAGAGUCAAAUUGACUUCUUACAUGAUGCUUUGGCCGAGGUGAAGGAGGCAAACCGAGACUUGUCUCAAUUGCUUUCAAAUCAGCAAGAUAAAGCUAUGCUAGUUUCAAAUAUCUAUUCGCAUCAUUGGUGUCGUAAUUUGGAUGAUUGGCAUGAUUUGAGAAAUGCUUUGCGAGAAAGAUAUGCUGGUACUAACACCUUUGAUGAAGCAAAAGUGAAGUUGCUCAAUUGUAAGCAGAAUGGUAGAUCCAUUCAAUCUUACUUUGAGGAAUUAGAAGGGUUGUUUCUGAGUUCAGAAGUGGAUGACAACGACUACAUGUUGACAGAUCGUUUCCACUAUGGCUUGGACAAGUGGUUCAAACAACACCAAAAGAUAAGGAGGCAAUCAAGGCUCUAUGAGGCAUAUUAUGCUGCCUUAGAAGUGGAGAGAGAGCAUGAUACUUCUUGUGGUUGGAAUGGUCCAAUUGAGGAUCAGGGGUUGAUGUUUGGCGCUGAAGAUGGUGAUCAACGGACUUGUAUCUUCCGUACUAAGUGUUCGGUUGGGCCAAUCAAGGAAGAAAGGAUGGAUCUUGACUACCUAUGUGAUAGGGAGUUGGUUCAAGAGAGCUAUGAUCAAGGUGAUGAGAAUGUCAUUAACUUUGGGAUUCAAACCAAGGGAGAUGAUGACCUCAUGGAAAUAAGUGCUGAAGAGUAUCAAGAGAGUUUGACUCUGUGGUUUCGGUGGUUUCACGAUGUAGUGCAAGCUUUCUCUUAUAAGCUUUGGUGGAAAUUUAAGCACCAAAACAGUUUGUGGAGCAAGUUUAUUUCUUCUCUUUCAGAUGCUGCUAGGAAGAAAACAACUUGGAGUAGGGUGCUGGAAGUGGAACAUGAGGCAGCAAAAAAUGCAAAGGGAUUACUUGAUUUGAGAAUGGUGCAAGGGUUGCACAACAUGGAGGUCAUAAUGAAUGAUGAGCGAGACUUGUUUUCUUGGCAGCAUUCCGCAUCCUGCAAUUUCUCUAUUAAAUCAGCUUAUUUGCAUUUGAGAAGGGAAAACCAAAAAGACUCUUUGGCUAGGAAUUUCUGGCAUCAGUCAAUUCCUUUAAGGGUGUCGUUCUUUGUUUGGAAACUCAGGAAUUUAUUGGUGUCAUUCCCUGAGAUUUUGUCUAAUUUUGGCAUACAGGUUAGGUAUGUAGUAGAGAGGGACUUUAUUGAAAGGACUUUUGGGUUACAAUUGCAAAAAAUCCAAAAGCGUACUUGCAUUUCGGUAUGUUGGAAGCCGUCGCGUGAGAAAGGGUUUGUUCUUAAUUCUGAUGGUUUGGCUAUUAAUGAUGAUUCUGGGCAUGGCAUUGCUAUUAGACAUCAUGAUGGAUAUUUUAUGUAUGGGGAGCAUGGUUUUCUUGGUGCCGGUGAUAGCUUCGGGUCGGAAGUAUAUGGUCUUCUAUUUGGAGUGAGAAAAUGUGAUCAACUUGACUUGGCUAUAGUUGAUAUUCAAACAGAUAACAAGGUUUUGGAUGACCUUCUUGGAUCUUUGACUUCCAUUCCAUGGAAGUACUAUUUUCAAAUAAAGGAGAUUCAUGAGAUAAUGAGUAGGCGAUCCUACAGAAUAUCUCACAUAUUAGCAAAUGCGGUUGCUGACAGUUUGGCUGGACAAGGUUCACUUGGUCACUCAUGUAUUAUGCUAGAUUGGGGGUUUUGCCUUGGCAUACUCGUGGUAUAG